AUGAGUAGUAUACCAGUGAAGUUAUUGAAUGAAGCUCAAGGACAUAUUGUUUCCGUGGAGUUAGCCACGGGAGAAACUUAUAGAGGUAAACUUAUAGAGAGUGAAGAUAAUAUGAAUAUUCAAUUACGAGAUGUUAUUGUUACAGGGACAGAUAGUAAGAUGACUAGGAUGGAUCAUGUAUUUGUAAGGGGAGUCUCAUAUUAG